AAACGUGUCAAGUCUAGCCCAAAAAGAGCUAUGUAAGUUGGCAUUACUGAUUUGCACAUUUCAGUUUGACAAAUAAAAUGACAUAAUUCCAUUAGUAUCCACUAAAAACGACGAGCAGUAAAUUUUUCAACACAACAUACGCGAAGAAAAAUUUAAAAAUAGUUGGCAAAAUUAUACUGAAUUUAAUUAUAAGUAUGGCAAAACAAAAGAAUAUACAAAAUAUAACAUAUUUCAUAUAAUUGCUUGUAAAAGAUGAUAAAAUUUAAAGAAAAAACAAUGAAUUAAAAAGUUUUCUGCAGGCGUCGGAUAAAGGUGGUGGUGUCACCAACAAAAAAAAACAUAAAAACGAACAAGAAGCUAAAAGAGAAUCGACAAACGAACAAAUUAAUACGAAAGAAAGAAUAGAGUGCAAAAAUAAAAAAAGUUUUUUAAAAGAAGAAAACGACAAGAGCAAAAAUAGUGAGAUAUCAGAGAAAAAACGCAAAGGAAAAAGUCCAAAUAAGAAGCAGCAAAAAGAGUAGUGUACCACCUCUUGUGAAGAAUUUUACAAAAUAAAUUUAGUUUUUACAUGAAUAUUGAAAGUAUCCAAGUGAAAUUUCAACAUAAGUUUUAUUAAUUAACUGAUCAACCAGAGAGUCAGUCAUCCUAUCCUGCCUGCAGUUUGCCUGUGUAGUCAAAAUCAAUUUGUAGUGGCAACUUAUUCAGACGGUAGCACGGUACCACUGCCCAAACAUUUGGUCGCAGUUGGCUCAAAAAGAAAGAAAAGUAUCGCUAUCGUUGCCACCCAACAACACGUUAAAACAAAUUGCAAAAUUUAUUAUUGUGACAACUUUCUCACAAAAAUUGUUGCCACUAUUGCUUCUUUGCUUUUCUCAUUUCAACGAUUACUUACUUGCAUCUGUUUAUUAUCAAUAUUUGAAGACUCAAAUAUAAAGAUUUUCCAAAUACAAAUUCUUUAAAAGGAAAUCGAAUUAUCAAAUACAUUCAAAGUCAUCGUCUUUGGCUGAGCUGUAGCUAUAAAAAUAAAUAAAAUGGCAUACAGAAAGCCAAACGAUUUGGAUGGUUUCAUACAGUUGAUGCCGAAGGCCGAUAUGCGAGUUAAGGCUCUGUUGGCAGAAGAUCUAGUUACAUUCCUAAGCGAUGAUACCAAUUCGAUAAUAUGCGUUGACAUGGGCAUGUUAGUUGAUGGUCUAAUGCCCUGGCUGACUGGAAGUCAUUUUAAAAUUGCACAAAAGUCGUUGGAAGCAUUUACGGAACUCAUUAAACGGCUAGGUCCGGACUUCAACGCCUACACCGCAACAGUUUUGCCGCAUGUGAUCGAUCGUCUGGGUGAUAGCAAGGAUACAGUUCGCGAAAAGGCUCAGCUGCUAUUGCAAACAUUAAUGGAACACAAAGUUCUCACACCUCAGGUUUUGCUCGACAAAUUGGCGGCUAAUUGCUUUAAGCACAAAAAUGCAAAGGUUCGCGAGGAAUUUCUUCAGACAAUUGUAAAUACGCUAAAUGAGUAUGGGACAUCGCAGUUGAGCGUACGCAAUUACAUUCAGUCUAUAUGCGUGUUACUUGGGGAUCCUACGGUGUCGGUUCGUGACACAGCUAUACAGUCAUUAGUCGAAAUAUACAAACAUGUUGGUGAUCGUUUGCGACCAGAUUUGCGCCGAAUGGAUGAUAUGCCAGCUUCAAAGUUGGCCAUACUGGAGCAAAAAUUUGAUCAAAUCAAAGGUGAGGGGCUACUGCUCAAAUCGGCCAUGCUUGUAACCCAGACUCCAAGUAAUAAUAAUAAUGGACACGAUGAGGCCGACAACAUUGUAGUUCGUGAACGGCCAACGAAAAUAGUUAAACGUACUGUGUCCGCCGCUAUGCGCUCUAAAAAUAAUAUAGCUGCAGAUAGCGCUUCUGAUGCUGGGGCCGUUACAAUGGAAAUUUUUGAGGCUUCGUUUGAGGCCGUACCACAGUUGAAUAUCUUUCAUCCCAAAGACAUGGACGACAUUUAUAAAAAUGUAUUGUCGAUAAUCGGAGACAAAAACUAUGACUGGGAUAAGCGUGUCGAUGCUUUAAAGAAAGUUCGUUCGCUUCUGAUGUUGAAUAUACAUUCACAGCCUCAAUUCUUUACGGUUCAGCUAAAAGAACUGUCAAUAUCAUUUCUAGAUAUUUUAAAGGAAGAGCUGCGCUCACAAGUUAUUCGAGAGGCGUGCAUUACAAUUGCCUUUCUGUCAAAAACCCUUCAUCAAAAGCUGGACAAGUUCUGCGAGUACAUUUUAGAGCAGUUAAUAAAUCUGAUACAGAAUUCGGCUAAAGUCAUUGCAUCAUCUUCGUCUCUUGCGCUGAAAUAUAUCAUCAAGUACACACAUGCUCCUAAGCUGGUCAGAAUUAUUAUAGAAACACUGCAGAACUCUAAAUCGAAGGAUAUUCGAUCAUCACUGUGUGAAAUAUUGUGUUUACUGUGUGAUGAGUGGCCAACUAAAGCGAUGGAACGAAGUGCUCCUCUUCUGCGCGACAUAAUUAAGAAGUCAAUGAGCGAUGCCGACAGUGAGGCGCGACGUCAUUCGCGUCGUGCAUAUUGGGUGUUCCGUCGUCACUUUCCAGAUUUGGCUGAUCAAAUCUACGGUACUCUGGAUAUUGCGGCUCAAAGAGCUCUCGAAAGAGAAAGAGAUGGCGGGGGUGGUGGAGGAGGCGGUGCAUCAGAAGAAAGACGCGCGACCGUUUCUACGACUUCACGUAUUCAACGUUCGCCAGGUGCAAUUCAGAAACCGGCUCCUGGUAUGCGAAGUGUGUCGGCUGUUGAUACAGCAGCUGCGCAGCGUGCCAAAGCGCGUGCUCAAUACGCAUUCCUAGCACGUAAAAAAGCCGCAAACACCGGCACGUCUACUACGAAUAGUGCUGCUACAGGAUCGCUGCCUCGUCCCCGAACUGGCGCUGGUCAACAGCAACAACAAGCAACGACUCAAUCAAGUGUGAAUAGCGGCGUCUCCCCUCGUGUCCGUGGCAGGGCUGGAGUAUCUCAAUCUCAACCUGGAUCUAGGUCCACCUCACCAAGUUCGAAGUUGCGCGAGCAACAUGUAAUUGGUUCGUAUUAUAGGCCGACGGGAACAAUUCCAAAAAAAGCUUCGGGCAUUCCCAGAUCAUUGGCCAGUUCCCGAGAGACAAGUCCCACAAGGGGUGGAGGCGGCGGUGGUGUUAUCAUGAAGCGCAGCAUGUACACUACGGGAAACUCUCGCCGGACUCCGGAACGUAAUCAACCUACAAGGCAACUGGCUGCAGCUCGAUUGCUUCAACAAAGUAGGGAUGCUGAAAAUGCUCUUGCUGAUGCCUUGUCACCUGACGGCAGCGGAGGCGACUAUGCAUCGAUGGGCGAUUACGGUCGGGACCGUGGUGGCUACUCGACCGGAGCCCGCAUGGGAAGGAAGUUAAUGUCCCGCGAGGAAUCAGAUGAUUCCGAAGCAUCAUCUGUGUGUUCUGAGCGAUCAUUUGACUCCUCGUACACUCGAGGCAACAACUCAAAUUAUUCACUGUCGGGAUCGAGAAACCGACUCGACUGGAGUUGGGUUAGGCCACCAUUCGAUGAUAUCGAUACCAUUAUCCAGUACUGUGCCUCCACACAUUGGUCCGAGCGUAAAGAUGGCCUCAUUAGUCUCACACAUUACCUCGCUGACGGCAAAGAGUUAACACCGCAACAAUUGCAGUUGGUUCUUGAUACGUUCCGUAAAAUGUUUAUGGAUACACACACCAAAGUCUACUCGCUUUUCCUUGAGACGGUCACCGAACUUAUAUUGGCAUAUGCUAACGAUCUUCAUGACUGGCUGUUCAUACUGUUGACACGUCUAUUUAACAAGCUGGGCACAGAGCUGUUGAACUCGAUGCAUGGUAAAAUCUGGAAGACUUUACAAGUAGUUCAUGAAUACUUUCCAACCGAUCUCCAAAUGAAAGACGUCUUCCGCAUCUUGUCUGAUUCUGCACAGACUCCUUGUACAAAGACACGCAUAGCAAUACUAAAGUUUCUCACAAGUUUGGCCAAUACGUAUUGCAAAAAUACAGAUUUUCCUGGUGCUGAAGAAGGCGUUGUUCUACCGAUUGUCGAAAAGACACUCUUAAAAAUCGUUCAAAUGGCCGGCGACCAAAAAAGCCUCGAACUGCGGAAUCAGUCUCGUCACUGUCUCAUAGCUCUGUACAAUCUCAACACACCCCAGAUGACUAAAGUGUUGUCUACUCUCCCCAAAGGCUAUCAGGACUCUGCCAAGGUUUGCAUACAGUCUCAUUUGCGUCGUAGCAGCACAUCGGGCACAAAUUCACCCUCAUCAUCUCCACUCUCGAGCUCCAGUCCCAAACCUCUGCAAAGCCCCAAUGUAGGUGGUCCAUUUUCUUCUCUGCAGCCCCAAUUCACUAGUCCUCGUUCACGCCAGUCUUCAGUCACAGAUAACGAUUUGAUGCUCGGAUACUCGGAGGUCGAUGUCCAACAGAACAUACAAAAGACAACCGAGGAGAUACGCAAUUGCUUUGGCGGCAUAGAAAAUCAGUAUAACUCGUUGGCCAACAAUUCAAAUGGCGGCGGUUAUAACGGCCAUUUAAGCGAAGCCCUCGAUUCAUGUGCCUCGUCUAACUCGAAGACGCAGUCGGCCACCACAACCGAGUCCAAUACGCCAGAGAGCACAACAAUGCGCCUAGAUGGCAAUUUAUUGGAACAACAUCACAAAAUGACAGCCAGUACACUUGGUUCCGGUAUGGGACAAACAAAUAGUUCUUCUUCGUCUGGAGCAAAUCUGAAAUUUUCCGACAACGGGGAAAUAAUACUCGAAAAUGGCACCCAAGAGAGUGAAAUCAUUAAAGUGGCACUCAACCUAACACCUGACAUGGCAGUACCUCAGGUCCAGGGCGCCCUUGCAAAUCUGGGUAUAUGCAUAAAAAGCGGCAACUGUGAAUUGCCUAAUAAGCACUUCCGUGCCAUCAUGAAAAUGCUGCUGAACAUGCUGGAUGCCAGCUCAAAUGAGGUAGUGGUAGAGGCUCUCCAUGUCCUCUCUAAAAUACUUCGCCGGGCACAAAUGAAGCCCAAUUGGAUAAACUUUGUCGAACUGAUACUGCUAAAGAUCAUCAACUGCUAUCCAAAGAGCAAGGAAACAAUGCGCGAACUAGACAUGCUAAUACCCCGAAUUGUACCAGCUCUGCCUCUAAAUUUGACUAUUAACAUAGUGAAUCCUGUGAUUGCAACGGGCUCGUAUCCAGUGAACCUGUGUGCCUUGAAAUUGCUAACCGAACUGGCCGAUCGCCAUGGUUCGGAGUUGAACGAGACACAGCUCGACAUUGUCUUUCCCCAUUUGGCGCGACUCACAGACGACUAUCAGUCUAUGGUUCGAAAAGCAGCCGUCUUUUGUAUUGUCAAACUGUACAUUGUAAUGGGCGAGGAGAAGGUCAAGCCAAAGUUGACUAUGUUGAAUCCCAGCAAAGUUCGCCUCCUGAAUGUGUACAUUGAGAAGCAGCGCGGUGUCUCCAGCGGAGGCGGCAGUUCAACCAAAAACUCGUCAGCAUCGUCUUCAUGAUUGCCGCUAGCCGUUAAGAAACAUCAGCCGAUGGAAUUUAGCGAUGUUAAAUAUUAAGUUGUAGUUCGUUUCUCUAGGUGGUAGAUUGAGAUUGAGAGUAUUCUUUAAGUCUAGCAUUUGGUUGUGUGAACGAAUUGUGUGCGUAUUGAUUGUCGUUACGCUUGCGAAUCAAAGUUGAGAAUAACUUGAACAAAACGAAGCAAAAUACUUACCAUGCCAUUGAAGUAUUCCGAUGUUAUUUAAUCUGAAUUACCUUCUGUUUACGCGUAACACUCCAAUUUAGUUUACCUCAUUAGAGCACGCGCAAUAAUUGUUAGCCUUAACGUAUUCAAAAUGAAAUAAAAUGUUUUGGUUUGGUUUUAAACCACCACUACCACCUCCACCUCCUUUGAACAAAAGUCAAUGAUAUUUGUUUCAGCCUUAUAAACUAUAAAUUCACUAAUGAUAUCUAUACAUACAUAAAUAGUUACAUAGAUAAGUCUACAAAUAUCACUGACCCACGUUCAGCCACCACCUUCACCAGAUAAUUUACCACUAAUGAUGAUUAAGUGCAUUUUCGUUGAUUUCCUAAUUGUCCUUAUUUUUUUUGUUUAAUUUAAUUCUCCUUUGUUUUACCAUCAUAACAAUAUUUUUUUUACUUACAUGCAAACGAUAUAAUAUUAUUUUAAGUCUUAACGUCUUUUAUGUUUACAAAACUCUUUAAUUCAUUUAUUUUUUGCUUUCAAAUUCGACAUCGAUCUACUCGAAACGUAUCCAUAUGGUUACAAAAACCACAAUUAAAAUUAAUCAAUUAUAAUAAGAAAACUUGAAACUAAUAGAAACUCAAACUUUUGUAAUUAAUUACCAACAACAUUAUUUUAAUAUUUUUUUAUUAUUAUUAUUAUUUUAUUUUUUAUUAUUUUUUUUGUUUCGUUUAAUCUUAAGUUAUAUACAUACAUACAUAUUUUUAAUGGUAAAUAAUAACAAAACUAAAUUUAAUAAUAAUAAUAAUAUUUAUAAUACAAGAACAACAAAACAACCACUAAUAUUUAUCAUUAAAAUAAAAUAGCAAUUCUUUCGAAAAGAAAAACAAAUCACAAACACACAAUUUUGAUUAGUUUAACAUAAAUGAAACUUCAAAACUUGUGAUGACAUUUGCUGAAAUAAAAAAUAAAAUGAUUCAUAGGAAUACGGGAACCUAAACGCAAUUGGUAAUCUAGUUUUCAACACGAGUUUCCUGACUAUUAUCAUAGGCUUUUACUGUAUGUAUGUGUUGGAGUUUCGUUGAAAUCAAUUUACUAUUUGGCUUCCAGUCUUCUUGUUUAGCCUGCGGCUGUCCUACUACAAUCUAAUUAUAACAAUAAUGUUAUAUGUAUGUAUGUAUACAUACAUACGAUACAUAAAUAGUUAUUAUAAUUGUAUGCGUUCUGAAAAUCGUUUAAAUACACAUAUUAAGCUGAUAGAUAAACACUUAGGAGGUUGUCUUCUAAGUAAUUUUAUUCGAAGAAUCAUACAUUUUCAAAUUAAUAAAUUCAUAACACACACACACACACUUUUUAAUUUAUUUUAAAUGUAACGAUGGCUUUAGAAAAUAUUCAGAAAUAUAAAGAAAAACUACUUUUACACUAAAAGGAUUUGAAAUCGUAAGGUUACUUACUUCGUUAUUCGAUUAGAAAGUACAAUUUUUAAUUGUAAUGCCAAUUUGAACAAUUUUAUAUUCGAAUCAAAUUACAGACUAACCUCCUAGGAAGUUUCUUAUAUCUGUUUUGCAUAGAAUGCUUUUUUAUAUUUGAUUAGUUAUAUAUAAUUAGCUUGGAUAUUAGCUGAUUAUUCGGACUUCUUCGCAAUUUAUUACAUCGUUCACCUCCUGUCAAAAAAAAAUUACUUUAAUUGCUAAGAUCCCUAUUCAAAAAUUACAACAAUUUGACAUUUUGCCACAGUUUGUGUAUGAAAUUUAACCUUGUUUGCUUUCUUUUUUUUUCCUUUUAGUAUAGUAAAAUCAAACACAUUCGAUAUCAGUGAGACACAAAACGAAAAAUAAAUAUUGAUUCAUCCAUCUAAUAUUUAAUUUUCAUUUCUUUUACAAUAAUUUGCGCUAAUUUAUAACAGUGAACAACACAAAAACUAAAAAUCGAAUAAUUGUAGUCAAAUGGUAAAGAAUGUAUUGUGUAUGUUGUCUGAGAGUCACACACAUAAAUUAAUUGAUGAUCAAAAUAUUCGUAAUAUGAAUUUAAUUUUUAGCUUAAAUUUACUAUGUUUUGUGUCCUGUAGGCUAGAAGUGCAAAUGCAAUUGCAUUAUGUUUUUUUUUUAUAUAUAUAAUAUAUAUAUAAUUACUAUAAUUAUUAAUAAUAUUAAUAUGUUCUCUGCUAAUUAUUGUAUAUGUAAACCUUUAACAAAUUAUAAAUUUAGUAAAACAAAUAUAAAAAUUAAAAUAAAACAAUGAUUUUAACAGUUA